CUACACAGUUAUGGCGGAAGAGUAGAGAAAAGUGAAAUUCCAUUGUUGAAAAGCCAUUAACACAAUUCAUCGAAGCUUUUUUAUUCUUCUGAUUCAUACAUAGGUUUUCAAAAAUGGAAGCAGCAGCUGUUUCAGUUGUAGACAAGUUAAAAUCCUUUGCAAAAUCUACGCAGGAUUUCGCUUCCGUCGUGUUCCGCAACCGCGAAGUUUCCAAUCGCCGCAAUCCGAAUGAGAACUUGAAGAGAUUGCAGCGAGAAUCUUUUUCAGAUAUUAUGAAGCUAAGAGACGGACAAGAGAAGUUGGAGCGAGUGCUUGCAUUCUUUAAAUCUUCUAAAGGAAGUCCAGUCCAAGAAACUAGCACUCACGUAAGAGGAGAAUUUGAUGCUGUGGGUGCACUGUUGAUGAUCGGUACCAUUGAUGAAUCCAAGUGCAAUGCAAUUGAAAGAGCAAUUAGGACUGGUAUUGAUUCUAGGCUGACUUUUGAAACAACUAUCCGUGAAAAGGAUACACUUGUAGCAGAGUUUGUUGGCAGCGAAAGAGGCCAAAUGAAUAUCCUGGGUAGUCCACUUUCCUUAGCAAAAGUUCUUUAUGCAGCAAAUAUCAGUGAUUGGUGUUCUGCAGUUGCCAUUCCAGUCGGUGGUCGAUGCAGAGAUGUUGCAGUACCUACAAGUUCACGUGAGGAAAGGGGGAUGACUGACUAUUCAUCUUUUGGGCCGCCCCUGCUGAAUCAACUAAAUGGUAGUGGAAUCUCUGUGAUGGUUAAAAAAUCAAAUAUUGUUGCCUGCUUGGCUCAGUUUGUCUCUGCAUUGCCACACUCUGGUAGUCUUUUGUAUUGUUUGGGCACUUUUGGUCAAGUUGUUUGCCAACUUUCAAGCAAUACAAAACUAUCAAUCUUGGGCAUACACAAAAUGGCCAAUCUGUCAAGGCAACAGCCUAGACUCCAAGCUAUGUCGUUGCCUUUUAGUUUUUUACAACGGUCAGGGCAUCCUCACGCGUCCUUUGUGGAAAACAGCCUCUUAGAUGGGUAUCUUGCCAUGACCCUAGAGUCAGAACUUUAUGAAAGUACAAAAAUUGGUGGCUGGGUAGAGAUGAAAAGAUCAAAUCCCAAACAUUUGCAGUGGGCAGUUACCAUGUCUGAUACCUCUGAGGAUGAUUUUGGAUGGGGUUUGAGCCUUGGUGGUUUGGUACAAGGUCGAAGAAAUUAUGACUGUUUUCAAGUUGAAAGCUUUCUCAAUUUCAACGUAGGAAAGAAGUGCAAGUUGCAACCAGGUCUACUCUAUGUGAUCGAUGGAGCCACUCAGUUUCCUGCAUUGAUGUUCCGCACUAGUUGGUCCUUGUGAAGUGUGCAAGCUAGCUCAGACACCACGGCUGGACAUAAAAAAAACACUCCCGUGAACAAUCUCACUCUCCCCUUAUAAUAGAAAUACCCUUUAGCAACUCCCACACAAAAUAGAAAGGAAGAGAAAUAUUUUGUAUCCUCCAACAGUAUUCACUUUAGUAACAAAUUUUAGUCCAAGCA